CAGUCACCACAUUCGAAGGAAAAUUCCGUCGUAAACCGAGGACCCCCAGUGCAGUAGUUUUUCUGUGGUGUUGCGACAUGAAAAAAUACCAGCCAAGCACUGUAGAGGUCAGCCAAGGCACCUGCAUUGUAAACAGCGGUAGAACAAGAAUUAGCAGCUAACAUUGUAGCAUGUCCGAUUGAAUGAGGAAAUGGCGACGAUCACAUAUGUAUAUACCUUAUCGAUUUGAUAUUUACCGCUUGGUUCUGUAAUAAUAAAUGUAUCGAAGUAGAUGUUAGUAGCUGGCGCUCUUUCUAACAUAUAGCUCGUUGGUUUUGACAUGAACGCUCUUGUUGGGUACAGCGGCUCAUCUGAGUCCGACGGUGAUGGAGACUCCGAGAAUGUAAACAGUGAUCGUGGAGGGUAAGCAUGAGAACGGAUGUCGUUGAUGGGGCUCCACCGGACAAGAAGACCCGGAACUUCUUGCUGGAGACUGAUUCUGCCACCAGUGAGUCUGAUGAAUCUGACCACGGACACCUGGAAUCUUACAAGUCAGUACAUCCAAGUAAAAAACAGUCCAGUCUGACGUCUUCCUCCGCCACAACCAGCCCUCACAAACUGCCCCCUCCUAGUCUGCAUGGCUGCUCAGAAAGCAGCGUGUUCGCCAACCCAUUCAAAGCUCAGGCUGAGCAAAAACUCAGUGCCUUGCAGAAACAUGUCCCCCUCACAAUGCAUGCCAAACCCUCUCAGAUUGGAGGCAAGAGGAUUUGCGUCUCCUACAGGAAAAGUGGAAGAUGUAGAUUUGGGAUCAAGUGCAAGUUUGCACACGACAGUGAUCUCCAGACUACAGUUACUCCCAAUGACUCUAAUGCAAGUUUGAGUGACGAGGGGGAAGUUGGGUCACGCACGGGCACCUCCCGGAAGCCCCCGAAAGAGGUCGAGAAAGAUGAGUCAGAAGGCCAGCUGAUGAAGAAGCGCAGGGUUGGUGUGAGCGACACACUGAUCCCUCCUAAGAAAGCCAUGAAGCAGUUCAACAUGCUGAGAAGCAAAGAACGCCACAAUAUGUACUGAUGUAAACAUUAGGUGGGACACUGUAAAGAUGGCUGAUAAAAAGUGACUUUCUAUCUACCCAUAAAUCUCAUCUGGACUACCAAUAAACAAUAAGUUUGUUGUUAA